AUGGGUUUCCGAGUAUGGCAGAGUGUUCCUGGAAAGCUGUUGCUCCUGGUUCUCAACCUUUUUACCGCAACGGCUUUGAUUUUCGAAGGUUACAAUCAAGGUGUGAUGGGUGGUGUCAGCGGUACAUCAGAUUUCAUUAGAGUCACGCAGAUUGGCUCAGACGGUGUCAUCACCAACGCGACUAAGCAAGGAGGAAUUGUCUCCGUCUACUAUUUCGGUUCCAUGUUUGGAUGCUUCAUUGCUGGGUGGUUCGGUGACAAAUAUGGCCGAAAGAAGGGCGUCUGGCUCGGCGCUGUCUUCGGCGUGCUUGGAGGAUCUCUCAUGGCUGCCAGCCAGAACGCCAACAUGUUCAUCUGUGCUCGAGUCAUUGCUGGCAUUGGAAUUGGGUUCAUCAACACGAUUGUGCCGCCAUGGAUCUCGGAACUUGCAAGAGCUCAUAAUAGAGGCGUAAAUUUCGCCUUGAUCUUUACCUCUAACUAUAUCGGUAUCACCAUUGCUUAUUGGCUCAACUACGGUGUUCGAAACAACUCAGAUGUAUCCUUCAAGUGGAGAUUCCCAUUGGCUUUGAUGACAGUCCCCCUCAUCCUGAUAGCCACUACCGUUGUGUUCUUGCCGGAAUCGCCUCGUUGGCUCAUUGCUAACAACCGCCGGCAAGAAGCUGUUGAUGUUCUAGCAAAGGUUCGUGGAGAUCUCCAUCACAACGAUCCUGCUCUUGUGGCGGAGGUUCAGCAGCUUGAGGCUGUUGUGGAAGCAUCUCAACACAAGCGCAACCGCAUCUGGAACAUUGCCUUUGGACGAUAUUCCGGUCGUCUCCACCUCGGUCGCCGUGCUUGGAUGAGUUUCUUUACACAGCAGAUGUUGAUGUGGAGCGGUAUUAUGGCCAUCACUACCUACUCAGGGGAGCUCUUCCACCAGGCUGGUUUCACUGCAUCCAAAUCUGCAUGGAUGUCCGGUUUCUGCAACACAUUCUGUGGCGUUUUUGGAACCCUGGCAGCUACCCUUGUCAUCGAUCGCUUCGGUCGAAUCAAGAGUAUGUUGACGGGAUUUUCGUGCCAGGGAGUUGUUCUCUUCAUGUGCGCUGCUUUCCUCAAAGUUUCUAAGGACACAGAUGAUGUUUCCAAAGCUGAGAAACUUGGUGUCGCUUCUGCCUCUAUGUUGUUCGUUUUCUUAUGGAUCUUCACCAUGUUCAUCAUUGUGCCAUGCUUUUUGUAUGCCACAGAGAUCUGGCCACAAGAGGUUAGGGCUCAAGGAUACGCCUUCGCAAUCUUUGGAUGGUCUGUGGGCUCUGGCCUUACAGCUUUGCUCAUCCCCAUCAUGUUGGCAAAUAUAGGAUACGGAACCUUCCUCCUUUUUGCCUGUUUCAAUAUCAUUGCAAUACCUGCAGUGUAUCUCAUUUACCCUGAGACCAAUGGCCGCUCCCUUGAAGAAAUGAACCUGCUCUUCGCUUCCCCUUCGCUCCUUGUUAGUGCCAACAAGCGCGAGUACGACAGAAUGCUCGAUCAGGCUGGU